GCAGGUGGGCAAAGCGUCCCGCCCAAGGACACAACGGCAGCGACCAGGACGGCGGAGCGGGAAUCGAACCUGCAACCCCCAAGCCGCCGGCACGGCCGCUCCACCAACCGAGCUAAGUCAUCCCUUUUUGCAAAAUUCAACAUAUUUCAUUCAAAAUCAUUUAAAUCAAGGGAACAUUUAAUUUUGUUUUAUAUAUUUAUAUUUAUCUGCCUCACAAUACGAAGGUCCUGCAGUCCUGGGUUCAAAUCCAGGCUCGGGAUCUUUCUGUGUGGAGUUUGCAUGUUCUCCCCGUGAAUGCGUGGGUUCCCUCCGGGUACUCCGGCUUCCUCCCACUUCCAAAGACAUGCACCUGGGGAUAGGCCCCUCCCACCUCCAAAGACAUGCACCUGGGAAUAGGCCCCUCCCACUUCCAAAGACAUGCACCUGGGGAUAGGUUGAUUGGCAACACUAAAUUGGCCCUAGUGUGUGAAUGUGAGUGUGAAUGUUGUCUGUCUAUCUGUGUUGGCCCUGCGAUGAGGUGGCGACUUGUCCAGGGUGUACCCCGCCUUCCGCCCGAUUGUAGCUGAGAUAGGCGCCAGUGCCCCCCGCGACCCCGAAAGGGAAUAAGCGGUAGAAAAUGGAUGGAUGGAUGGAACUUAGAUUACUUGGAAGAAAAAAGGUACUAUCUGGCAACAGAUCCAGGCAUAUUUAAGAGGUAGAAGUCAAAAACUCUUAGAAAAUAAAAAGUUGGUAAAUAUAUCUCAGUCAAGGUGUGUUUUUUACCUCACUGUACACCUUCCCUUCCUCCUCUAAAAAUUACUUUUUUUAUGAAGCAAGCACCAGAUAUGAUAUCGAAAAAAUAAACUUCAAUUUCAACACAUCAGUGACAAUGACAGAGGUUUUGCUUUUUUCUGUGAAAAAACAACAACAAAAUGACUAAAAAGGUUUGUGUGAAAGCAGGUGACACUAUUCAUUACCUGCUUGGCCUACACACUUUCUCAGAACUGAAGGAAAAGCCGCCCGGGUGCAGAACACAAAACAUGCCACCUGAAACAAAAGGAAAGAGAAAUGUCACCAAAAACUCUGCGUCGUCAAAACAAUCGCAGCAUCGCUUUGUAUUUGUUUGUACUCCCACCUCAGGACUCAACGGGAGGCCCGUGUGCAUGGUGAGGGACGACUGCUUCGUCUCCUCCUCGCUGUUUCCUCAUCCGCUCCUUAAGAGUCACGUCCACAGACAGUCCAGCGUUCCCGCCUUGGCUUUUUUGCCGCAUCGCAACAUUUACGGGGUCAACGGCGGCAAAUCUGCGAUGUUUUCAGAAGCUUGGAGAGAUGAACUCAAAGAGUUGGCGGCGAAGGUCAGUUUGCCUUCUCAGGCACACAAGGACAAGAGUGAGGCAAUGUCUGAGAAGGAACCAGUCCGCCGAAAGACCCAAUAUUCCGCAGAAACCGGGAGAAUCAUCCCUCCGACCUCCAUGUCCCACCACCGUAGAUCUCAAUCCCUGCGCCAGGACUCCCUGCAAGCUUUCCACGACCAAGAACUGACGGUGUUGGAGGUACUUUGCCAGAUCCUGCAGACUGAUUCCCUAUCAGCAGUCCAACAGUGGCUUCUGAUGGCAGGCCAGAGAGAAAAAGACCUGGUCAUGGGGAUGAUCAGAAAAGCACUGGACGGCGUUGACUUACCGGGUCGUCGGCAGCCAAAGUUGCAACAUCUUCAAGAGUUUCAUCCUGGCUCUUUGCCGCUCAUUGACGAGCCAACACGGAAAAAACCGCAGGGAUCCAGAUCACACGAAGCGAACAGAACACCCAGCAAAGACAAGCCAGAGAUGAUAGGAGAUGCAGAAGUCCUUGAAAUCCACAGCGAAGAGCAAUAGAAGACUGAUGAAAGUUUACAAAGAUGAACUUGCAAAUUUAAAAUGAUAUUAAAUGUCUGACUUGUACUCACUUGUAGAAAAAUACAUCAAUAGUUGUACUUGUUGAUCCCUGCCCAUUACUACAGACCUCACUCACAUAAAAAAAAAACCUGGCAUUAUGUUAAAGUUAAAGUCUGGUGAGAUGUGUUAAAAUCUCAUACGAUGAUUGCUUCAAAGCUUAGUUUUAUUGACUUUCUUGGCUACAUUUCCCAAAAA